AAGAGCAAGUGAGAGAGACUGCCAUAUUUCGCGCACGCGUACUCCAUUUCGACCAACACCAUCAAAUGCAUCAAAGACGCCGACGGAAGAGCUGCGUAUGCGUAGUGCGUACAUUUGUGGCUGCAGCGCGAAGCGCGAGAGAGAGCAAGAGAGAGCGUCGAGUCCUUGGAAGGUAUCAGAUGUGUCGAGUGGUCGGAGCGACGUGAUUGUUAAUUAUCAUUAUUAUUAGUCGCCGGAAGAACGACGGUGACCGAUGCACCGUGACGCACGCUCAAUCGUUUAGGAUGACACCGCUACUUCGAACGAUCUUCUCGUGAAUAAAACGUCCGAGUUGGCUCUCCCGAUCGCGGAGCACCGAUGCCGAUGUCGUUGUCGAUAAGCUCCUGAUACGACGACCGCUGUUGCUCCGGGCGAGUAGCGAUGGCUAGCAAAUACAGCCCGGGCAAGAUCACCCUGGGGAUGUUAAAAGGCAAACCGAUUACCACAUCGGUACCGGUGAUCCACUACCGGGCCAAUGACGACGAGCUGGAGGAGCUCUAUCCGAGCUCCUCCGACGACGAGAGGCGUCUCACCCCGGAGUCCGACAAGAGGAUACCGUCGAGCCCCUCCAAGAGCAGCGAGAAUGGCCAAGGGCUGGAGAACGACGAUAACGCGUCCGAGGGUACCCCGCCGUCCUCGGAUCCGUGGAAAGUGCUGUCCGAGAUCAAGGGGAAGAUCACGAAGACGUUCGAGGAGAAGAUCUCCGAGAUGAAGAGCGACAGGAAGAAGAAGAAGAAGAGGAGGCAUAACAAGGAGCGUAAUUCCAGCGUCAGCGACUCGGAGGAUCUGGGAGAUGUCACGCCGACCGAUGAGAACGUCAACGACAAGCAGGAGAAAGAUUUCGCUCGCGGUAAGGGCAACGCCGCGAGAUUCGUGGGCUUCUCGCAGGUGAGAACUGGCCUGAAGACGAAGAAUUCUCUGGACGACAGCGUGGAGAGCGGCGUGGAGGCCGCCGAGUUUUCCGACCUCGUUCCCGAGCCGUUCCCCUUUGAGUCGCGGGACGAUUUUCGCGCCGAGGACAAGGAGAACGACGCCAGUCGCGGUGGAUACGUACAUACGAAAGAAGUGACAUUCGACGCGUUGCUCUCUCGCAUGAAGGAUCACGUUUUUCAACAGUUGACGAAGCAGUUAGCUGCGCUGUUGGUUCUUGUGCUCUCUUUCUACUUCCUCAUUCCAUUGCCCGCCCACUUGGUGGGCUUCUCCGUAGGAGUCUUCGUCACAGUAGUGGUGUACAAGCUAGUGCAGAGGAUCCGGGAAAUUCUGGCGACGCCGUUAGAUAAGAAACCCGUACCUGUAGUAGUUCCAGUAUUAGAGAUACCGGCGGCGGAGGAGCACGCAGUCCAAGAGAGAUACGAAGGAUGGUUGAACGAGCUGCCAUACACCUACGAUCCUCACAACUAUCACGUAGCACGUACGAAGUCGGUUUUCUUCAGUCUAGAAGGCGGAGUGCUGCGUGUUAUGGAGACAAGAAUGAAAGUACCAAAGAGGGCUGUGUGGGAUGAGCCAAAACGAAAAUAUAAGUUUAUCAGAAAACGCGCGUACAAUCUUGUCGGUGCAAGAAUAGAGCUGUUACCAGAAGGACUCACUCGGAGAAGGAGAUGGAGUAAAAAGUAUCCAAUUUGCGUCACGAUGGAUCAAGGAGCGUUGGUAGACAGCACGAGUCUGAGCGACUGGACGGACCUCGGAAAAGAGUAUCUCGAGGAUGAAAAGAAAAUUAUCCAAAUGGAAGGAGUCAGUGAAGAAGUCGAGGAAAGUACCUUGGGCGAGGAAACGAAAAGCGAGGAUGAGGAUUCCAGAUUGGAUUAUUUCAAGGAUAAUGAGGAGGACGAGUUUAAGAUCGACGAAGAUGAAGACGACGACGAUCUUUCGCAAUCCAAGUCCAUCAGGAGUAUUUACGAGGACUGCCGCGACAACGAGGAGGCUAACAAGUGCAAACUUUAUGUGUUCGCACGCGCCGACCGAGAGAAAGAAGACUGGUUUCGCAGAUUGACAUCAGCGGCGUCUCUUUCGAGAAAACGACACUCAAUUUGUUCCGUAAAUGAUUCCUGUGCGAAUGGAAACUCUGCGCAGUCAGAUGUGGCAGAAACAAAGUCGCCAGAGGCGUCUCCCGAAGUCACUUACAGUACCUAUAUGAGCAAGUACCUGAACGUGGAUCCCGAGGGUUCUCCAAAGGAGAACGAUGUCUUUUGGAUAAAUUGUUUUUUGGGCCGACUGCUAUUCGAUAUGCAUAGCUGUCCGGAGACGAUCAAUCUCAUUCAGGACAGAAUACAACGUAAACUCUCUAACAUAAAGCUUCCGUACUUCAUGGAGAGCCUCCUUGUGACGGAAAUGGUGAUCGGACAGGAUGCCCCGAUGAUUCAUAAAAUCUCUAAGCCGACGCUCGAUGAGCGGGGGCUCUGGUUCGAUUUAAACAUCACCUAUAAGGGUAGCGUGACAAUGACAGUAGAGACAAAGCUGAAUCUAAUGAAGCUGACACGUGCGAGCAGCGUUCCCGGUGAUAUCCAGGUUGAUGAGAAACCUGUUCCUACCAGAUCACCGAUAUUCGAUAGCGAUGUAGAAGAUAGCCCAGAGACAUCCACCGAAGACGAAGAUAUGGGAAACAUCACGUCGAGCGUCGCAUCUAAAGAGACCACACCAAUACAGUCUUCUGGCAAGAAGUUUCUUAGCAUGGUCGACAAGUUGAGAGCCAAUAAGUAUUUCCGACACGCUACAGAAUUGUCUUACGUACGAAGAGCGAUGGAGGGUGUUUCUAACACGGAGAUCCGCUUCAUGGUCAGCGUAUCCGGCAUCGAGGGCUGCCUCUUGAUGAACAUCCCUCCGCCACCCUCCGAUCGGCUUUGGUACGGUUUCAAGACAGUGCCGAAAAUCGCCCUCACUGUGCAACCAACUCUCGGCGAAAGGACUGUCAACAUUGUAUAUGUGAGCAACUGGAUUGAGAAGAAGCUGCUCAGGGAAUUCGACAAACUAGUCGUUCUACCAAAUAUGGACGAUCUGCUCCUGCCACUCUGCCCAAAUUAUCCCUUUACCACAACGUAAACGAAUCUUGCGCCGGCCAAAACAAUCUCCAGCUUUUUUGUCUUUUUUUUUUAAGUAUAUUUCGUGAAUAACGUGUUUAACGUUGUUGCGUGUUGAUCAAGAAAUGGUAUAUUUUUCUUCAAUAUAGCGAUUUAUCGAAAUUCAUAGAUAGAAACUUGUGAAAAAACUUUUGAAAAUAAAACUCAGAUAAUGAUAGAUUUAACUGUUUUUACACGAUUUUUUAACAUUAUUAAGUUAUUUUUAAUAUCACGUCGCGAAGAAAUUUAUCAGUGUAGCAUUUACAAAAAAGCGGAGGAAUUAUUGUGAUAUAUUAAUAUACGUUACUUUACUUUGAUAAAAUCCAAUGAAAAGAUAGGAAGCAGGAGAGACGAAGUUUAUUAUGAGUGAACAUUAUUUUUAUUAGAAUAUAUAAAAAGAUGUAGCGAGUGAAAGAGAUGUGUGUACAAGGAGACAAUUUAAUUAAUAUUAAGUGCAAACCUCGCUGCUUAUUUUAUUUAGUUACAUAAUUAUAAACAUUUUAAAAUUGAGUGAAAUUGAUGCUGCAGAGGAAAAAAAAGAUGCGUAUCAAUGUGAUCGUUGAAUUAGUCAUUUAAUAUAGGCAGCUGAUGAAAAAUAUUGUUAAAUUAUUAUCAAAGUCGUAAAACGAUUUUUUUGAGUUAUAAUAAAAUUAAAUAAUCGGUAAAUUUGGGCAAAUAUAAUCAGGGCAAAAUCAUCAAAGUGAAAAUAUAUGUAUGAAAAUAUGAAUCAAAAAGCUUUAUAGAGCGAUUUUAUGCUUUCCUUUUGGAAGGUUCGCAAGUUUGCAAGUUAAAAAAGUCAUAUAAAAAUAUGAAAUUAUUUUAAGAAGAAGGUCUUACCUAUCCUAUUUUACCUUUUUCUGAACAAACAUUUUGAUUUUAUUUCUAACUACAUCAAUCCCCCCUCUCGUUCGAAGCGUUCAGGUCGAGUAAAAGCUUCUUUGAACACUGGUCCCAAUAGAGUACGAGCCAAAUAUAAAGCGAUUUUCGCGCCUUCAUAAUUAGAAUUAUUAUAACCUAAUGAUUAAAUUUAUUAUAAUCUAAUAAUUAGGUUUGUAAACCAAAAAUGUGUAGUUGCAAUCGGCAAAAUGUGUAAGAGAGCGUGAUAUGAUAAUUACGUUUAUGAAGAACGGUAGAACAAUGAUCGUGUAUAGAUUUCAAAACGCGAUCUAAAGUAUUAAUUUCGCGUAUGCGACUGUCGACUCGAUAAAACAAAGUUGUGCUAUGCCAGUUACUCGGUUUUCAAAUAAAUAUGUGAAUUUCAUUUCUCCGUAGUUGCAAACCGAGAAACUUAUAGUCAAUGGCUUUUCAACGAAUAUAGCAGAAAGAUUUACUCUCCUCUGUCUCUGGUCGGCUAAGCGAAUUACUCUACUUGUUCAACGACACUAGCAAAAAAAAAGCGAGAUGUUCAUUAAUGUAUAAUCGAGUAUACAGUUUGUAUCUACUAGCCAGCUUGAUCUGUGAGCUGUGUUAUUUUGUUUGAUACUAUACAAAUAUAUAUACGUGAGCGUUCGUGUAUUUGCGUGUCUCAGGGAGAUUAUAUAUAGAUUAAAUUCUGGUUCCACAGUGUGAUUUUGUGUUACGGUAGAGACCCACGAUAUUUUUAAAUACACGGAAUGUGUGUACAACCCUUUUAUAUCAAAACGUAAGACAAAUUAUAUUACAAAGGCCAAUUCUCAUACGUUUAAAACUAAUUGUGAUAAAGCAAAUAUAUUUUGUAAAGAUAUUUUUUCAAACGACGUUCUGUUUAAGACUCACACCGUUGUCGAACUCGCAUGGUUCCAGAAUUAAAUCACAGAGGUAUAUUAAAAAAGUUUUUGCAAAAAUAAAUUAUUGUACAUUA